AACCUGCAAUACUUCAACUCAGUACUUCCUGUUGUUCAAUGCUCUUUCCCUGCUGAUAUAGAUACCCGGUCCUCGUUAUGCCUUAUCUUUCGCUCAGAAGGGCCCUUACGCUCUUCGUUUUCUUUGCUGUUGUUUUCGAGAGUUCAUUGGCAUCAAUACUGGCAGUUGACUAUGGGUCAGACUGGAUUAAGGCUUCGCUCAUGAAGCCCGGCGUGCCUUUCGACGUGCUGCUCAACAAGGACUCGAAGCGGAAGAUACAAUCCUCGGUCGCAUGGAAGAAAGACGAAAGAUUAUUUGGGUCCGACGCGGCGAACAUCGCGUCCCGUUUCCCUCAGGACUCAUUCUCAUCCCUAAAAUACCUCGAAGGCGCACCAUUCAACUCCGACAUUGCCACAUAUUUCACCUCCAUAUCCACUGCUCAAAUUUCUGAGACAGACCGCAAAACCGUUGCGCUGAAACAAAGUGAUGGCACGGAAUGGAGUACGGAGGAGUUGGUCGCGAUGCAGCUUUCAUAUGUGAAGAAGCUUGCAGAGGAUCUAGCAGGCGAGCCGGUGAACGAAGUCAUCCUCACCGUUCCACCGUACUUCUCCCAGUUUGAACGCGACUCCAUUACAGACGCGAUAGAAAUUGCGGGACUCAGAACGCUGGCAUUGAUCAACGAUGGUACUGCAGUAGCAGUAAACUACGCUAUGACCAGGACAUUCUCGACGACUCCCGAAUACCACGUCAUCUACGACGCCGGCGCAUCGUCAACACGUGCCACGGUAGUUUCGUUCGCCGCAGCUGAGGAUCCCAAGACGAAGGCAUCGUACACGCAGAUUAAUGUUCUGGGCGUAGGGCAUGACCGAAAUACGGGCGGAACAGAGCUGGACCUGAGGUUACGGGAUAUUUUGACGGACAGUUUUAUCUCAAAACACCGGCGAGAUAUCCGAAAGGACAAGCGCGGCAUGGCUAAACUUUGGAAGGAAGCUGGACGUGUCAAAGCCAUCCUCAGUGCCAACUCCGACGCGACCUCGACGGUGGAGAGUGUUGCAUUUGACAUUGACUUCAAGACCAAGGUCACCCGCGCACAGUUUGAGAACGCUUGUAAAGACCUCCACUCGCGUUUUGCAAGGCCCAUCUCUGAUGCACUUGCGAAUGCUGAGCUUUCAUUGACAGAUAUCUCUUCCGUUAUUUUAACAGGCGGCAGUUCACGCACGCCUAUGGUUCAGGCCGCUGUAAAAGCAGCUGUUGGCGAAGAUCGCAUCGCACUUAAUGUCAACGCCGACGAAUCCGCCGUGCUUGGCGCAGCGCUUCAUGGGGCUUCCCUUUCUCGUCAAUUCAAGACCAAGGACAUUCGUGUCACUGAUACCCUAAUACAUGACGUCCAGGCGUCCUAUCUCGCAUCUAAUCCCGGAACGCGAACGAUCCAUACGACAGUAUUGCCUGCUGGGUCGAAGCAUGGUGCAAGAAAGACUCUGACGUUCAAGCGUAAAGAGGAUUUCUCUUUGGUACUGAACUAUCCCAAUGAAGUCAUGUCUGGCUUUCCCCGUGAGAUCCUUGAAGCGAAGAUUGUGGGCAUUCCCGAGGCCAUCGGUAACCUCACUGAACGCGGCGCAAUCGACCCGGUAAUAAAGGCGACUGUCGUACUUUCCGAAUCUGGCUUUGUGUCUGUCAGAGACGCUGUAGCAUACGGUGAGAUUAAAGACGACUCCAUCAGUGGGAAACUGAAAGGCCUCUUUGGAGGCGGUGGUGACCAGGUACCAUUAGAGACUGACCUUGAUGAAGGAGCCCCAAAGGACGGGAAGAAGGAUAAGGAGAAGAAGGAUAAGGCCAAGAAACCGGAUAUGAAAGACCAAAGCACUAUUCCACUUGAGAUCGAAAUUGUGUACAAUGCGCAAGGCCCAAUGAGUCCUGCGGCGAAACGGGCUGCCCGUGACCGUCUCAGGGCAUUAGACAACAUGGAGGUUUCGAAGCAACGUCGGGAAGAAGCACACAACACUCUCGAAGGAUACCUGUAUAAGCUACGGGAUCUCUUGGAUGACGGUCCAGACACGCCAUUCACGAAAUGCUCGCAGCCAUCUGAGAGGCAAGCACUCUCGAACAAACUCUCGGAGACUAUCACAUGGUUACAUGACGAAGGAGACACUGCCGAUACAAUGAAGCUAUGGGAGAAACGAUCAGUUCUUGAGCUUCUGGAGAAACCAAUCGUGCAUCGCUACAAGGAGAUCGAGGCUUUCCCACAGGCGCUGAAUAACUCACAAAUGUGGAACUGGAGUACGCGAUUAUUCCUCACUCAAGCUCGGGAGAACAUUACAGCAGACGCUAUCGUCGGUGUUCCUUCGAAGUGGACGUCCGAGGAACUUGAUGCGCUCGAGAAAGCACUCAAGGAGCACGAAAGUUGGCUUAAUGAAGGCGUUGAGCGGCAAAAGAAGACAAAGAUGAAUGAAGACCCGGCGAUAGAGACUAAGGAGAUGCGGGAGCGAGCGAAGAAGUUGGAGCAGCACCUGCAAAGAUUGGUAAGGAGAAAGGCACCCAAAGUCAAAAAGACGCCCGCGAAGUCUGGUGACGCUAAUGGGUCGUCAUCUGCGGAGCCAACACAGACGGCUGGAGAUAGACAACCAGGACAUGACGAAUUGUAGAUGUCAACGCUUAUACUUACUAAUUAUUGAUGGAAAUCGGAAUAGACGCAUUUUGCAUCGUCCGUUAGUCUCCAUGAAUUCAAAUACGUUUUUCAGUUGUGCAGUCA